AUGGGCCGGCUGUCGCAGGCGGGCGGGCGGUCCCCAGCUGCCCAGUCGUGCGGGCAGCCGGCGGGCGAUUGGUCGCCGGCGGGCGUGCGGUUUCCAGCUGCUCAGUCGCAGGGGCAAUGGGCCAGCUGUCGCUGGUGGGAUGUAACAAUCGUAUCAGCAUGUGCACCUCCAGGAGGUGGUCGCAAUCCUGUGACCCCUCGUUUCAUCCGACACUUCAGCAUGCUGUGCCUCCCGAUGCCCUCAGAGCACAGUCUGAAACAUAUUUUUUAUGCCAUCUUAAAUGGCUUCCUACUUGACUUUCCACAAGCUGUAAAGCAAACCGCAUCAAGCAUCGUAGAAGCUUCAGUUGAGAUUUAUAACAGAAUGAGUAUUGAUCUCCUGCCAACACCAGCAAAGUCCCACUAUGUCUUUAAUUUGAGGGAUUUAUCCAAAUGUGUGCAAGGCAUCCUCCAGUGUGACUCAGGAACAAUAAGAGAAGAAAUGCAGAUAUUUAGACUCUUUUGCCAUGAAAGUCAAAGAGUCUUCCAUGAUCGUUUGAUUAAUAAUGAAGAUAAACACUAUUUCUACGUUAUUUUAACAGAAAUGGCCAACAAACAUUUUGGCAUUGCAAUAGGCCUGGAAUAUUUUUUGGUUAAGCCCAUCAUAUUUGGAGAUUUCAUUAAGUUUGGAGCAGAUAGAGCUGAUCGGAUUUAUGAUGAUAUGCCUGAUAUGGAGAAAAUUGCAAAUGUUCUUCAGGAUUAUCUUGAUGAUUAUAACCUUAUAAACCCCAAAGAAGUAAAGUUGGUGUUUUUCCAGGAUGCCAUAGAACAUGUUUCAAGGAUUGCCCGGAUGAUCCGUCAGGAAAGAGGCAAUGCCCUGCUUGUGGGAGUAGGAGGCACAGGAAAGCAGUCUCUUACAAGACUUGCAGCUCAUAUAUGUGGUUACAAAUGUUUGCAGAUCGAACUUAGCCGUGGAUAUAACUAUGAUACUUUUCAUGAUGACCUGAGGAGGUUGUACAAAUUGGCUGGUGUAGAGGACAAAAAUAUGGUUUUUCUUUUCACAGACACCCAGAUUGUAGUGGAGGAAUUCCUAGAAGAUAUAAAUAACAUCCUGAAUUCGGGUGAAGUGCCUAAUCUAUUUGAAAAGGAUGAACUGGAGCAGGUGUUAGCAGCCACCAGGCCAAAAGCAAAAGAAGUUGGAAUUUCCGAGGGGAACAGAGAUGAAGUGUUUCAGUACUUUAUCAGCAGAGUUCGUCAAAAACUGCACAUUGUUCUCUGCAUGAGCCCAGUUGGAGAGGCGUUUCGGUCCCGAUGCCGGAUGUUCCCAUCUCUUGUGAACUGCUGCACAAUUGACUGGUUUGUCCAGUGGCCCAGAGAAGCGCUUCUUUCUGUGUCAAAGACAUUUUUCUCAACUGUUGACACUGGAAAUGAUGAACUGAAAGAAAAGCUUUCCCUCAUGUGUGUCAAUGUUCACUUGAGUGUCUCCCAAACAGCAGACCGCUAUUACACUGAGCUCCGCCGGAGGUACUACACGACGCCCACUUCCUACCUGGAGCUCAUCAAUCUCUACCUGACUAUGUUGACUGAGAAAAAGAAGCAGUUAAUUUCAGCAAGAGAUCGGGUGAAGAAUGGUCUCACGAAGCUACUACAAACAAAUAUACUGGUAGAUAAUAUGAAAUUAGAACUUUCAGCUCUAGAACCUGUGCUUUUGAAAAAAUCACAAGAUGUUGAAACCCUGAUGGAAAAAUUGGCAGUGGAUCAAGAAAGUGCCGAUCAGGUCCGUAACGUUGUGCGAGAAGAUGAAGCAAUAGCAAAAGUGAAAGCUCAAGAAACCCAAGCAAUAGCUGAUGAUGCUCAGAGAGACCUCGAAGAAGCAUUGCCUGCACUUGACGCUGCCAAUAGAGCACUGGAUUCCUUAGAUAAAGCAGAUAUAGCUGAAAUCAGGGUUUUUACAAAGCCCCCAGAUAUGGUCAUGACUGUAAUGGAAGCAAUCUCCAUUCUCUUGAAUGCCAAGCCUGAUUGGCCCACAGCAAAGCAACUUCUUGGCGAAUCUAACUUUCUAAGAAGGCUUUUAGAAUAUGAUAAGGAAAACAUAAAGCCUCAAAUAAUAGCAAAGCUUCAAAAGUAUAUUAAUAAUCCUGAUUUUCUUCCUGAAAAAGUAGAGAAAGUAUCCAAAGCAUGUAAAUCCAUGUGCAUGUGGGUAAGAGCGAUGGAUUUGUACUUUCGAGUAGUCAAGGAAGUGGAACCAAAGAGACAAAAACUCCGUGCUGCCCAGGCUGAACUUGAUGUUACAAUAGCUACCCUAAAAGAAAAGCAAGCAUUAUUAAGACAAGUGGAGGAUCAAAUACGAGCCUUACAAGAUGAAUAUGACAAAGGUGUGAAUGAAAAAGAAAGUUUGGCAAAGAAUAUGGCCCUGACAAAAGCACGCCUGUUACGUGCUGGAAAGCUGACAGCUGCGUUAGGAGAUGAACAGGUUCGAUGGGAAGAAAGCAUAGAGAAAUUUCAGGAGGAGAUAUCGAACAUCAUUGGGAACGUGUUUAUAGCAGCGGCUUGUGUGGCUUAUUAUGGGGCUUUCACAGCCCAGUUCAGGCAAUCACUUAUAGAGUGUUGGAUCCAGGACUGCCAGUCUCUGGACAUCCCAAUUGAUCCUUCCUUCAGUCUCAUUAACAUACUUGGAGAUCCCUAUGAAAUACGGCAAUGGAACGCUGAUGGGCUGCCACGUGACAUGAUAUCAACAGAAAAUGGCAUUUUGGUUACUCAUGGGAGACGGUGGCCUUUGAUGAUUGAUCCCCAAGAUCAGGCAAACCGUUGGAUAAGAAACAAGGAAAACAAAAGUGGUUUAAAGAUCAUUAAGCUUACAGAUAGUAAUUUCUUACGAAUUCUUGAAAAUUCCAUCCGACUUGGCUUACCUGUCUUACUGGAAGAGCUCAAAGAAACCUUGGAUCCAUCUCUAGAACCUAUUCUUUUGAAACAAACUUUCAUCAGUGGUGGACGAGUACUCAUUCGCCUUGGAGACUCAGAUAUUGAUUAUGACAGAAACUUCAGGUUCUAUAUGACAACCAAGAUGCCAAAUCCUCACUAUCUGCCUGAGGUGUGUAUUAAAGUUACCAUCAUCAAUUUCACUGUAACCAAAUCAGGUCUGGAGGAUCAGUUGUUAAGUGAUGUCGUACGACUUGAAAGACCCGAAUUGGAACAUCAGAGAGUCCAGCUUAUUGUAAGGAUCAACAGUGAUAAAAACCAGUUAAAGUCUAUUGAAGACAAGAUCUUAAGAAUGCUCUUUACAUCUGAAGGAAAUAUUCUCGACAAUGAAGAACUUAUUGAUGCACUCCAGGACUCAAAGAUCACUUCCGGUGCCAUUAAAACCAGGCUGAAAGAAGCAGAGUCCACUGAGCUGAUGAUCAAUGCUGCUCGUGAGAAGUAUCGUCCAGUAGCCACUCAAGGCUCUGUUAUGUACUUUGUUAUUGCAAGUCUCUCAGAAAUAGAUCCUAUGUAUCAGUAUUCAUUAAAAUAUUUUAAGCAGUUGUUCAAUACAACAAUAGAAACUUCUGUGAAGACAGAUGAUCUACAGCAUCGCCUGCAAAUACUACUGGAACAAACUCUCCUAACUGCUUAUGUCAAUGUUUCAAGAGGUCUUUUUGAACAACAUAAGCUCAUCUAUAGCUUUAUGCUCUGUGUUGAGAUCAUGCGUCAGCAAGAAUUGCUAACUGAAGCUGAAUGGAAUUUCUUUCUCCGAGGUUCUGCAGGACUGGAAAAGGAUCGCCCUCCUAAGCCUGAAGUUCCCUGGUUAUCUACUGCCAUGUGGUUUGCAUGCUGUGACUUAGAAGAGUCAUUUCCAGUUUUUCAAGGAAUUACACAAUAUAUAUUUUUGCGACCUAUUUUCAUAUGCUUAGGAUCUUUUAAGACUUAUAUUAACUCAAGCCAGUUGGAAGACUAUUUUGAAUUUCAAAAGGAAGACCAAUCCAUGAGAGAAAAGGAGGCCAUACUCCUGGAAUAUUGGAUCUCAGAAUUGAGUUCUUUCCACAAACUAAUUCUUAUUAAAUGUUGCAAAGAAGAAAAGGUGGUUUUUGCUCUUACAGAAUUUGUGAUAGAAAAUCUUGGAAAACAGUUUAUAGAGCCACCACCUGUGGACCUGCCUACCCUAUACCAAGACAUGUCAUAUAACACCCCCCUGGUGUUCAUCUUAAGCACAGGCUCAGAUCCCAUGGGUGCAUUUCAGAGGUUCGCCCGGGAUAGCGGGUACUCAGAACGAGUGCAGUCAAUUUCACUAGGACAAGGACAAGGACCCAUUGCUGAGAAAAUGAUCAAGGAUGCAAUGAAAUCAGGAAACUGGGUAUUUUUGCAAAACUGCCAUCUUGCUGUUUCUUGGAUGUUAGCCAUGGAAGAGCUAAUUAAAUCCUUCAUAGAUCCAACUCAUGCUAUCAAGGACACUUUUCGACUUUUUCUAAGCUCUAUGCCUAGUACUACAUUUCCUGUUACAGUUCUUCAGAAUUCUGUCAAGGUAACCAAUGAGCCUCCCAAAGGGUUACGUGCAAAUAUCAGGCGAGCAUUUACUGAAAUGACACCUUCAUUUUUCGAAGAAAAUAUCCUUGGAAGAAAAUGGAGACAAAUGAUAUUUGGCCUUUGUUUCUUUCAUGCAAUUAUUCAGGAGAGAAAGAAGUUUGGGCCCCUUGGAUGGAAUAUAUGCUAUGAAUUUAAUGACAGUGAUAGGGAAUGUGCUCUACUGAACCUCAACCUUUAUUGCCAAGAUGGGAAGAUUCCCUGGGAUGCACUGAUUUACAUUACUGGUGAAAUUACUUAUGGCGGUAGAGUUACAGACACAUGGGAUCAAAGAUGCCUUCGUACUGUCUUGAAAAGAUUUUUUUCUCCAGAAACAUUACAAGAUAGUUAUCAAUAUUCUGAAUCAGGCAUAUACUUUGCACCCUUGGCUGAUAAAUUACAAGAAUUUAAGGACUACAUUGAAAAUCUGCCUUUGAUAGAUGACCCAGAAAUUUUUGGAAUGCAUGAAAAUGCCAACCUGGCUUACCAGUACAAAGAAACCAACACUUUAAUCAAUACCAUACUUGAUGUUCAGCCAAGAUCAUCUGCUGGUGGACAAGGAAAAAGCAAUGAUGAAAUUGUCCAAGAGCUUGUUUCUUCUGUCUGGACCAGAGUUCCAGAAACACUGGAAAUGGAGGGUGCUUCUGAGAGCCUUUUCGUUAAAGAUCAUCAAGGACGCCUGAACUCCUUAACCACCGUUCUUGGCCAGGAAGUGGACCGGUUUAACAAUCUACUAAAGUUAAUACAUACUUCCCUAGAUACACUCAACAAAGCCAUUGCUGGAUUAGUGGUGAUGUCUGAAGAAAUGGAAAAGGUGUACAAUAGUUUCCUUAACAAUCAGGUUCCUUCUCUGUGGUCCAACACAGCAUAUCCAUCUCUGAAGCCACUAGGAUCAUGGGUCAAAGACCUUAUUCUGAGGAUUGCAUUUAUGGAUUUGUGGCUCAGAAGAGGACAGCCCAAAUCCUUCUGGAUCUCUGGUUUCUUCUUUCCUCAAGGAUUUCUAACAGGAACUCUUCAAAACCAUGCUCGGAAAUACAAUUUGCCUAUAGAUGAACUGAGUUUCAAGUACAACAUUAUUCCUUCCUACCGAGAUCAGGCUGCAGUAAUAGAAGCUGCCAAGACGAUACAGUUUGGACACGAACUGCCCAUGGACCUAGAGUUGCCUUCUCCUGAGGAUGGUGUUCUUGUUCAUGGGAUGUUCAUGGAUGCUUCUCAAUGGGAUGAUGAGGCGAUGAUUAUAGAAGAUGCCUUGCCUGGACAGAUGAAUCCAAUGCUGCCUGUUGUGCAUUUUGAACCACAACAAAACUAUGAGCCAGACCCAACACUUUACCACUCCCCACUCUAUAAAACAGGGGCCCGGGCAGGAACACUCUCAACUACAGGCCAUUCAACCAACUUUGUGGUGACUAUCCUUUUACCCUCCAAUCGGUCUAAAGACUACUGGAUUGCUAAGGGAUCAGCUUUGCUCUGCCAACUGAAUGAGUGAACAAAUGCCACAUUAGUCC